UCACACUAACAUCUAUAUUAUGUGUUUCACAGAAGAAAUCUAUUGCUGGCAAGAUUGCUCGGGAGUCAAAGACACUUCUCCACCAUUCCGGUUCGAAACCCUUUUCGUAUAGGCUUGAGGCACGACGUGAGGAGGGUUCUAAGUUCCCAGAGAUCGACGUGUUCAAUGACGUUUACGUUCAACCUGGCGAUGAGACCAGUGAGCAGCUUUAUGCUUCUAUGGUGGAAAAGCGUGAUGUUGUUCUCCAAGAAGCAACAUCGCAACUUCCCCCGGAUACCCCGAUUGAGGACGUCACUGUAUCCGAUGAUGCAGGUUUUGAGAUCAUGACUGAGGUCCUGAAUCAGAAGUUCGGUCGUCGUCAUGGCAAAGUUGUUCGGGGCAUGGGGAAGGCGCGUGUUCGUGAAACGGGUGCCUCCUCUUCCAGAUCGACCACAGGAGAGGUCAAUGCUCUGAAGGAGGAAGUGACAACCUUAAAAGGUCAGCUUGUAGCCCAGAAUGAGCAGAUGAAGGUUCAGAACGAGCAGUUGAGGGCCGAGAACGAGCAGAUGAAGGCUCAGGUUAGGACCCAUGACGACAAGAUGAAUAUGAUUCUACAGGCCUUAGCGAUAUCCGGUCUUCAAAUCCAGAUGCCAUCACCUGAUCUUGUUCCACCUUCGACUUCCCAGCCAUUUCAUCCAACUGAUACCUAGUAGUUUGAUGUAUCAAACCUAGAAGACUACUUAUUGUAGUUUUUUCUUUUUUUGUUCGGACAUGUUGUAUGUAUAUUUUUAUGUAGUUUAUAAUUAAAUACUUUUUAUUGGUUUAUUA